AUGGAGUCUUCUUCUAUUAUAGCAGGGCUUCUUCUCCUCACCACACUUGUUAAUUUAUUGGUAACCUCCAGAGCUAACGAAGAGCUGAUGAUGCAACAAUGCCACAACUCCGACAACCCCACCUUGUGUCUUCGCUGUCUGAGCUCAGACCCAACUGCUCCAAAAGCCGACCGAGUCGAACUGGCUCGCAUCAUCCUCAAAUGCGUCGAGUCUCACCUCAUCACCCUCACUAACAACACUUCCACUUUGGCCUCGAAGCACCGCGGGAGUCCCAAGGCUGCAGCCGCGUUGAAACAGUGUGGUUUGGGUUACGCGACGGCAAAGCGUGGCGUGGGAAAGGUCGACGCUCACUUGAUAGCCGGAGAAUACGACAAGGCUGCGUAUGACGUUAGCAUGACGGUGGAGGCUCCUCCGGUCUCGUGCCGUGCCAGUCUCGUGACACUUAAAUUUAAUUUGCCCUCGAGUUUCCGUUACCAUACAGAGGUUUACUUGGCGUUGACUCAAACUCUGCUCAGGAUCAUUGAUCGCUUCUAGAUACUUUAUUAACUAGUUUUUUUUUCAAAAAGGUCAUC